AUGAAGAUCGACAAAAUGAAAAGAUACCAGUCAGGAAAGGAGUCGCUACCCGUAAUGAACGGAGGCAGACAGCGCGAUGUCGAUAAAGAAAAGGCUCCAUGGGAACGACACUACCACUGGGAGCUUACAGUCAGAAAAUGGAACGUCUUUACUCAGAGGGAAAAAAGCAGGAACACGCUGAUGAGGCCUCAAGGUAACAACUCGAGACAGCUGGACUUUCGAUAA